UCCAUCAGCCAUACAACAGGUGCCUGCUCCCACCGCUCCCGCCGCCGCCGCCAUGGCCCCCGCAGCAUCAGACCUGAAACUCGGUAAGAAAGUUAACGAAGGUAAGACGAAGGAAGUGUACGAGCUGCCGGACAUGCCGGGGUGCGUCCUCAUGCAGUCGAAAGACCAAAUAACGGCGGGGAACGCGGCCAGGAAGGACCGCAUGGAGGGGAAGGCUGCCAUUUCCAACACCACCACCAGCUGCGUGUUCCAGCUCCUCCAGGAGGCGGGAAUCAAAACAGCUUUUGUCAGGAAACAGAGUGACACAGCGUUCAUAGCAGCUCACUGUGAAAUGAUCCCCAUUGAAUGGGUGUGCAGAAGAAUUGCUACUGGCUCCUUCCUCAAAAGAAACCCCGGUGUCAAAGAAGGCUAUAAGUUUUACCCACCCAAAAUCGAGAUGUUCUACAAGGAUGAUGCUAAUAAUGAUCCACAGUGGUCUGAGGAGCAGCUAAUUGAAGCAAAAUUCUGUUUUGGUGGACUUAGUAUUGGCCAGACCGAAGUGGAUAUUAUGGCUCGUUCUACUCAAGCUAUUUUUGAGAUCCUGGAAAAAGCAUGGCAGCCCCAAAACUGCACUCUGGUAGACCUGAAGAUUGAAUUUGGUGUUAAUGUUCUGACAAAAGAAAUUGUUCUCGCUGAUGUUAUUGAUAAUGAUUCAUGGAGACUGUGGCCAUCAGGAGACAGAAGCCAGCAGAAGGACAAACAGUCCUACAGAGACCUGAAGGAGGUGACUCCUGAAGCCCUGCAAAUGGUUAAGAGAAACUUCGAAUGGGUUGCAGAAAGAGUGGAGUUGCUUCUGAAAACAAAGAGCCAAGGUAGAGUUGUGGUGUUGAUGGGAUCCACUUCUGACAUCAGUCACUGUGAGAAAAUAAAAAAGGCAUGUGCAGCCUUUGGAAUUCCUUGUGAGUUAAGAGUGACCUCUGCUCACAAAGGGCCAGAUGAAACCCUGAGGAUCAAAGCAGAAUAUGAAGGAGAUGGAAUCCCAACGGUGUUUGUUGCCGUCGCUGGCAGAAGCAACGGUUUGGGGCCGGUGAUGUCGGGUAACACCGCUUACCCGGUGGUCAACUGUCCUCCCCUCUCAGCUGACUGGGGCACUCAGGAUGUGUGGUCCUCUCUCAGACUACCCAGCGGUCUCAGCUGUCCUACUACUCUGUCACCCGAAGGAGCUGCCCAGUUUGCUGCCCAGAUAUUUGGGUUAAACAACCACUUGGUGUGGGCCAAACUGCGGUCAAACAUGUUGAACACCUGGAUCUCCUUGAAGCAGGCUGACAAAAAACUUCGGGAGUGCACCUUGUAAGUCAUGCUAAUGAGUAACUUAUAUUAGUUACGCAAAGAUAAUGGCGUGCAUAUUCAUUCGUAUUAGGAUUUACUUUUGGAUGAGCUCAAAAGUCCUGCAUCCUUUCUUACAGAAGAAAGCAUUGUUAGAGCAGCAGAUGAAGUCUGUUCCGCCCUAUCCUUCCCUUGUGUAUUUUUUUAAUAUAACAACUUAGUAAAAGAUGGGGAAAUAGUAUUUUAGGUAUCUCUUUCUGUUGCUCCAAAAUGGUGCUGUUCUGCUUUGUAGUGUACGCUGUUAACUACAGACUAUGUCAAGAGAAUGAUUUGGUGCGAUCUAAAUAGAAUUGAACUAGUCUUCUGUAUUUCUGUAACAGUAAUAUUCUUCCAUAGUAAUAAUGUAUGUCUUGAACCUUCUUAACUCAACUGGACUGCUGCCUAAAGCCAGUGCUGAUGCUGUUCUGCUUGCAAUGAUGGUACGCUUUCUUUAGCAAUAAAAUGGCACCAUAGGCUGUAUUACUAGGAAAGGGGGCUGGAAAAAUGUUUUAAAAGCCUGAAAUAAAUACCUGCCUUAUUUAAAAAACAUAUAUACAUACAUGUGUGGGGUUUUUUUAAAUGUGUGUGUAUACAUAACCCAUUGAUACUUUCUGGAAUGAUGUGAUAAAGUUGACACUAAUUCUCUUGUUCAUAACGAGCUGUAAAUCCUAAUGGUUUGAGUGAACUGUAACUAGGCUUGUUGCCUUUUUGCUGUAACUCUUGCCUCAUCUCCAGUCUCUGCCCUUUUAAAUAUGAGGCAGACCUCUACCUUCAGUAGUUCUGAAGGGCCUGUGUGAUGUUGUCAAACUGUCUUCAUACACUUCAAUAACUCUAGCUAUUAUAUAUCUAUAUUUCCUCACUGUUUCUAUGGAAAUCUUACUGAACUGAAGAGGGGAAUAAAGCGUAAAGCAACAGACUACUGGGGGGAAAUCUAAGCAUGACUGUCUUGUCUUUGCACACACAGAUCUUCUGAGUAGGUACGAUUCAAACAAAUAUGCAAUUACUCUACAUAUGUAACAUUCAUGCUUUUACAAUUAUAAAUAAACUGUUGAAUUCAAA